UCUGAUGGAUUUUUAUAAAAUAAAGAAUGUAUAAUAUAAUGUAUUAAAAAUAUUCAACCUAAUUUACUUAUAUUAAAAAGUGAUCAAAUAUUAAAAUUAAAUUUGGAAAUAAAAGAUCCUUAUUAUAAAUUAAAUAUUAAUAUUAAUUUAGUAUUGUUUUAACGUUGGAGCGUAUAUAGUAAAUACAAAUUAUAUGUUAAUUCUAAAAUAAUAAAAGAAUAUGUACAUACUGAAAAUUAUUCUCUUUUUUAAAAUGAUAGUACUUAUUGUUUAUCUAAUUAUGUAGAAUCUAAAUUUCAUUCAUUGGCUUUGGAAGUAGAUCAAACAGAUUAAAAAUUGCAAUUCCAAAUAUUAUUAGAAGGUAAUGAUUUAUUGGGUAUUCAGCAAAUAAAAAUUGAUUAUGAAAAAUGUUAAUAAAAUUGUUUAUAAUGUAUAUAAUUAAAUGAAUGUCUUAAAUGUUUUAAUGAUAAAUAUUUAUAUGAAAAAAAAUGUUAUGAUCAAUGUCCUCCAGGAACUGAUAUUAUUCCUGGAAAUUAAUGCUAAAUAUAAAUAUAGAUAUAAAUAUAAUGUAUGGAAAAUGAAUAUAAAGAUUCAAAUGGAAAGUGUGUUUCUUGUUAAUUUAAUUUCUGUUUUAAAUGUUUAAACCAAAAUGAAUGUACAUAAUGUAUAGCAGAUUAUUUUUUAUAUGAAAAAUAAUGUUUUGAUAAAUGUCCUGAAGGAACUAUUGUUUAAGACUCAAAUACUUGUAAAAAAGAAAAUAUAUGUUUAUAAAAUUAAUUCAGAAAUACAGAUGGAAUAUGUGUUUUUUGUUCCUAAUAUUGCGAAGAAUGUACUUCUCAAACUUCUUGUUUAAAAUGUAUAAAUAAUACAUAUUUAGAUUUGACAAAUAACAUUUGCUUAUAUACUUGUCCUUUAUCUUAUUAUAAAGAAUAUGAUUAAACAUGUCAAAAAUGUCCUUUAAAUUGUUCUGAAUGUACUGAUUUUUCAGGCGAAUGUACUAAAUGUGAAAAUUAAUUUUUUUUAUUUGA